AAAAAAAAAAGUAAUAUAGUUUUAUGAGUCAUUGUAUUAUUCGUCACAUGAACGGAACGUCGUGUUUUGGCAGGAACACCCCGCCACACCCAGCCAGCCUUGCCCGGCCCAAAGUUGACUCAUCGAGGUUUUGUAAGUGGAUCCCACCGAGCAGACAUGUUCUCUCCUUUCCUCCUGCAGCACAACCUUCACAACUCCCUUUUCUUUUAACCUAUUUACCUGUCUGGACCAUACAUAAGCAACAUGAAGUCUGUUUUGUUAGCCGAGUUACUACUACUUCUUCUGGCGACCGGGACAUUGACUCAGGGAGGAUUCGACCUGUAUGAUGCCCUUGAUGACGUUGAUCCAACGCCACCAAAACCCCAAGAGCAACCCAAAGCCCCAGGGGAGCCUAAAGAUGAUGAUGGAUUUGACCUUUUUGAUGCCUUUGGACCAGAUGAACCGAAGAAACCUAAUAAACCGAAACCUAACCCUGGGGAUUCUGAUGGAUUUGACCUUUUUGAUGCCUUUGGACCAGAUGAACCGAAGAAACCUAAUAAACCGAAACCUAACCCUGGGGAUUCUGAUGGAUUUGACCUUUUUGAUGCCUUUGGACCAGAUGAACCGAAGAAACCUAAUAAACCGAAACCUAACCCUGGGGAUUCUGAUGGCUUUGGAUUCGACCUAGAGGAUGCUGUCCAUCCAGACCCAAAUGAAAAACCAGACAAGCCUGCAAUCAACACACCAAAGCGUGGCGGAGGUGGUGGUGGUUCCUUUGACGAUAAAGACUUGUUUGACCUCGGCGGUGGAGACUACAAGCCUGAUGGCGGCGGUCGUGCUAAGCAGCCUCAAGGUGGUGGUGAUCAGCCUCAAGACCCAGACCUUCAGUGGGGCCAAGUCCUGAAGAUGCUAAUUGCUAACAUGCCGGAGGAAUUCUUUAUGUGGAUGUCCAAUAUAAGACAGACCUUAGAGAGGAUCUUGGAACUGAUGCAGGCUGUGGCCUGAUUGUACUGAUUCCUCACGAUCUUUUGACUAAGGUUCUUGGUACUUGAUUCUGGUAUGACUAUCCAAGGGAAGUCAGAUCCAGAUGCAACUGGACUCGGUUCUGUAUUCUGUAGGUAACAUCUUGUUUUCAUUCAUGAAGCUUUCUCAUCUCAAACUGGAUGACAAACCCAGGUCUGCCAUUGGUCUUCUUAGCGGACGACCACACGUCACUGCAACACUCGUCAUGUUUACUCAAACAACUGCAGCAUUUCCAGUGAUUCCAGACAGCACCUGGGUUUUCCUCCGCACAGUUCUCAUUAACACAAUAGUCUCCUUUUCAUGAAUUUAUUUUUUGUUUUUAGUUUUUUUAAUGACCACUCAAUAGCUGUUGGGGAAAUUGGUUGAGUUGUUGGAUUCCUAGUUCUCUGUCUGUUGCUAAUGCAGACGUUAGUUUUGGGUGCACAGUAGAUUGGUCAGAGUUUUUGUGUCUGCGGCAGUAAUUGAGAUUUCAACAUCGGUCCAAAAUGGUGUCAUUCAACAUCGUCUGAGCUGCAUGUGGCAAAAAUGCAAGCGUGAUGUACGCCUUGGCAAAUUAAUAAAACAAGGAUUGGGUGCAGAAGUCUGAAGUUAUUUUGGGAGAUAUUAGAUUAUACACACUCAAAUGUGUACAAUCUAAUAUUUGGUUACAAUUAGCUCAGGAAUUUUCACUCAGACCAGAUGUUUUUUUUUGUUACCACCAACAAGCAUCUGGUGUACUUCGACCUUGAUAUUUGACCAAACUCUUAAAAAUGAGUAUGAAUCAGAAGGACCGAGGACAGGCUUGAUCUUGGGCCAUAGCUUUUUAUUCCGGCCUUCCCAACUUUUCCAAAUUAUUUUAUUAAAACUGUUACACACCGAAGCUGUUGUCGCUGCAAUGCUGUUUUUUAACUACCAUUUGCGCAAUGAAAAUAGCCGUCAUUCGCCACUUUGCGCUUUGAAUUUUGCGGCUUCACUGUAUCGUGUUUUUUCAAAAAUAUACUCAUUAAUAAAUCAUGGCAGUUUCCGUGGUUGAAUACGGCCUAUUAUUUGUCCAAAAAAAUACGCAUAUUUAGGCAAAUCUGAUGUAAUUUUUGCCUAAAUUAAGCAUUUUCAAGCAAAAAAAAAAAUGGCAAAAUGAAGGAAAAUACAAAUGUAAGGUAUUCACAAGACACAUUCAAAAACAUGUUGUGAUGAUAUGUGGUAUUCUACACUGGUCACUAGGUGAUGUUAUAUUGUAAUGUCAGCCACCGCAGGAAGUACUGCACGGAAACCAGAAGUUAAAAAGGAACAAGGAAGUGUCCCACUGCUAUCAUGUCUGAGCCGACAUUAUGUUUUAUGUUUACUAUGUUGGCUAGAGUGUAAAGGUGACUAUAGGGGUGUUAUUUCAUGUCUAGAGGGCUCUAAAAAUGUCAAAAAAACAUAUUUAAAAAGGUCAUAAACAGGUUUUCUAUGCCCUCACUACAUAAAUACUUGACGGAAAUUCAUUAAUCACCGUCCUGAACCGAUUAACUGCGAUAAACGAGGGAUGACUGGAAUUUCAAUGGCUUUUAAAACUGCAGGUUCUGUGCUUUACUGUGAUUUUGCUGCAUUUUAAUUGGAUGGCACACCAGUGUAUAAAUAGGUUGGGAGGUGCGUCUUUUAGCCUUAUUCGUGUGCGUGCCAAAAGGGGGAGCAAACACAGUGAAAGUGUAUUUUCUAAGCUAAGGAACAAAAACUGUGGAUUGCAGAAGACUAUAUCAUUAGAUUCAAUCAUGUUUUCAAUUCAGGAAAUGAUUACAUUAUCAUUUUUUUAGUAGUGGGUGUGGCGUGGGGCGACAUGGUUUUAUAGUCUGAAUUGGUUCUUCCAUACGUUCUGAGGUUUGUGAGUAUAGAAGGUUUUGCGCUGGGAUCCAUCCACACAUCCAUCCACCGUCAAGAAAAAUCACCCUGAUGGAUUUG